ACCGACAUUUCCGUUUGAUUGUUUCGUUGGGAAGUCACAGUCAAGAGUCAGCCAUGCUGAGAAAUCCAUGUCGUAAAAAAAAUCUUUGCGUCAGCGUCGUGCUUGCAGGCGUCAGAUCAAAAUACAAAUCAGUGGCCGCCAUUACAGCAGUUGUCAUGACUCUGACUUUUGCUCAGCUGAGCCUUCACGUCGAGAGACUAGCUCGAGCAGAGCGCGGGCUCCACGACAUGCAAUCGUCUGCCGAGCCAGCAGUUGGACGAAAUGACAAUAUGAACAAGAGCAUCGACACAAAGAAGAGCUUUACCUUCACAAGAGUUCACAGACCUGGAACAAACACACAGAAACUUCCAAGACUUGAAGAAAACUUCCAGCCAAUCAACAAGCACGAAGCAUGGGUCUAUUCAGUUUUUUACGACAAACUUAAUGAGAUAACAUUCCUCCGUGUUAUGGGUAUUGAAAACAAUCAAACAAACAACCUUAUAUUCUGCCUUGUGAAAGACAGCGGUUCAAAUGUUAUUAUAAGCGGGAAAAGGACAGUGUUGCCAGAUACACAUUUUAAAAAGUUUCGAAGUGUGAAUUACGAAUGCAGGUUGAGGGACGGACAACGCCCCCAGUAUGUAUCGAUUGUGUUUGACCCAUCAGCAGCCGCAACCAAUCAGAUGCCAGUCCAGUACCCGGCACCUAAAACCAAAAAUUUCACCGUUUGCUAUUCCAUUUUGUUCAACUUUAAGAGUGCCUCGCAGUUGAUCCAGAACAUAGAGUUCAACAAGUUCAUCGGCGUUCAACAUUUCCAUGUUUAUAAUUUUAGCGUCAGCGAUUCGGCGGAUGUGGUAUUACGUCACUACCAAAGUCAGGGUGUCCUGACGGUGCACCAGUGGUCUCUGCCAAGUCUGGAGAUCUGGUACUACGCGCAAGUUCUGGCUAUCAACGACUGCGUCUACCGGAACAGGAACGUCUCGAAAUACGUCAUCAUUCAAGACACGGAUGAAUUCAUCAUCCCGAUACGUCAUAACAGUCUAAGUGACGUCGUGGCCAUCGUGGAAGAAAAUUUUCAGAAAACGAGUAUUAAUUCGGCGAAAUCCACUGGAAAAGGGAAAGAAACUUUAGGCUCCAUUACAUUUGAAACAUCCAACUACUACAGCAUGGCGUCGCCUCCCGUUUGGGAAACGAUAAAGCAAAACUUCUCAAUUUCAAAGAAAGAAGAGGCCUCGUUUAGAAAAUAUCAGGUCCUUCCAUUCCUUCAUCUACGACGCAUCAACUCCACCUUUAAGUAUUUAGGACGUUCGAAGACCAUGGUCAGGCCGGAACGGAUACUGCAUGCCGGGAUACACUUCACGCGCGAGCACCGUGACAAUGCUACUCACGCGCAGGUUGGCGCGGAUUUGGUACUCUUGCAUCACUUCCGGUAUAAUCCUAACCCGUGUGUUCUAGACACGUCAGCCAUGAGGUUUAAAGAUCUUGUGUUUCCAAAAAUGCUUGAAAAGUUUUUUGCUCUGAUUGGCUAAAAUAUUAUUAGGA